GCAAACAGAACAUACCCCAGGCAGCAUCAUGGGGUUAGGAGCUUUGUGUCUUCUUCUACUGUAUGGACUCAUUGGGUCCUACGCGCAGCAACCAUGCAGCCUGAUAACACCCAACGUGCUGCGUGUGGACAGUGAAGAGACCAUUAUAGUAGAUGGACACGGUUCUGCGCUGGAUGCUGAAAUCAUAGUCCAAGACUUUCCCCUGAAGAAGUCUACUUUAGUUUCGAGCAAAGUCUCUGUAAACAGCAAUAACCGGUACUUUGGAGAUGUUAAGUUGAUGAUCCCCUCAAAUAAUUUAGAAAAAUACACAAAUAGGAAACAGUUUGUGUACGUCACUGUAAAGUCUGCUGCUUGCUCUCUGGAGAAAGUUGUCCUUGUGAACUUUCAAAGUGGAUAUCUAUUCAUACAGACGGACAAACCCAUCUACACCCCAGGAUCUACAGUUCUAUACAGGAUUUUCUCCAUGAACCCAGAACUAAAACCGGUGAGCAAGCCAGUGAUCACUGAAAUCCUGACUCCAGAUAAUGUCAUUGUCCAAAAAUAUGAAAAUUAUCCAAACAGCAAAACUCGAAUAAUUUCCUAUUUGUAUAAACUGCCAGAUCUUAUAAGUUUUGGACUGUGGACCAUAUCAGCAAAGUUUGAGAACACCUUGAAAAAAUAUACCACACAAUUUGAAGUGAAGGAAUAUGUUAACCCAAGCUUUAAAAUAAAAGUAACUUCAUCUCAGAAGUUUUUCUACUUUAAAGACAAAGAACUAAGGGUGGACAUAACGGCAACCUAUCUCCAUGGUGAACCUGUUAAAGGAAACUCCUUUGUGCUCUUUGGACUCAAGAGAGACAAUGAGAAGAAAAGUCUACCAAAUACCCUGAGGAGAGUAGAUAUCAACGAGGGCAAAGGCUUUCACGUUUUAAAAAGAGAGGAGCUGGUGAAGUACUUUCAAGAAGAGAGAGACAUGUUACAAUGGACCUUAUUUGUGUCCGUUACUGUUAUUACUGAUUCAGGCAGUGAUAUGGCGGAAUAUGAGCUGGAUAACAUCUUCAUUGUGGAAUCUCCCUAUAAAAUUCUCUACACAAAAACAUCAACAUUUUUCAAGCCCGGAAUGCCAUUCGAUCUUAAGGUGUUUGUCAUAUAUCCUGAUGGGUCUCCGGCUCAUCGUGUCCCUGUUGUAGCAGAAUCAGGAAAUGUCAGAGGAACAACUCUGGAAGAUGGAACCGCUCGGCUGACUCUGAACACUCGCCCAGACAUGAACCUGCUGCAGAUAACAGUAUCAACAUUAGAUGAAAAGAUACCCAAGGAAAAGCAAGCUUCUGCCACCAUGGUGGCCUCUGCCUACAGAUCCACUGGUGGCAACUACUUAUAUCUCAGUGUCAAAGGAGGGGAAUUGAAACCAGGAGAGAAUGCAAUAAUCAACUUUAUUAUCUGGAACAAUGACAAUGCAGUUCAAAACCAGAUCAGCCAUUUCAACUACGUGAUAAUGAACAAAGGAAGGAUAAUGAAGGUGGGGACAAAGGCGAGGGAGAAGGGCCAGACUCUUGUGACUAUGGUACUGCCAAUAACAGAAGAAUUUAUCCCUUCAUUCCGCAUUUUGGCAUACUAUACCGUGACCACUGGAGCAGAUCGGGAAAUUGUGGCUGACUCUGUUUGGAUUGAUGUGGAGGAUACCUGUAUGGGGACGCUUGUGAUAACAGGAGAUAAGGACAAAGACAAUGCUGUUCAGCAACCUGGAGCCUCUAUGAAGCUAAAACUACAAGCAGACCAUAAAGCUACCGUUGGACUGGUGGCUGUGGAUAAAGGUGUCUCUGAGAUCAACAAUAAACUAAAGAUCUCCCAGCGCAAGAUCUGGGACUUGGUGGAAAAAUAUGACAUUGGUUGCACACCAGGAAGCGGAGCCAACGCACCAGGAGUGUUUCAUGAUGCUGGCCUUGCCCUGCAGACAAGCUUUCAGAUGACAACUUCUCAGAGAUCAGAACUAUUAUGUCAACCAAAUCUGAAGCGUAGGAGACGUUCCUCAGGCCUGGUGAUUCAAGAACGGAACAAAAGAGAUUAUGAAGAUGAAACAUUUAUUGAUGAUGAUGAUAUAAUAACCAGAACAGAAUUCCCAGAAAGUUGGCUUUGGAGGAUAGAAGUAAUGAAUGAAGCACCAGAUGCCAAAGGGAUCUCCACUAAGACUAUACCCAUUAUCUUAAAAGAUUCUACCACCACAUGGGAGGUUUUGGCUGUGAGUCUAUCGGACAGUAAAGGUAUCUGUGUGUCUAAACCUCACAAUAUUGAGGUGAAGAAGAACUUCUUCAUUGAUCUGAAGCUUCCAUAUUCUGUGGUGAGAAAUGAACAAGUAGAGAUACGGGCCAUUCUCUACAACUAUCAAAACAUUAAGCAGAAGGUCCGUGUACAUUGGACCUACAAUGAAAACUUCUGCAGUCUCUCUAAUGCCAAGAAGAAGUUCCGACAAGAAGUGGAGAUACAACCUUCUUCAUCUGUGGUUGUUCCAUUUAUCAUUAUACCACUAACCCUGGGAAAUCAUAACAUUGAAGUAAAGGCAACUAGCGUUUUUUUAUCUGAUGGUGUAAAGAAAAAACUGUUUGUUGUGCCAGAAGGAAGACGUCUGACACAGAUGGUGAAAUCAGUUGGAUUGGAGCCAGGACUAAACGGAGGAGUACAAGAAGAGCGGAUCUCUGUAGUAAAUCCCCAAAAUAUUGUUCCCAAUACACAAGUGGACACCAUUAUUACCAUCCAAGGACACCCAAUAAGUGAAAUGGUAGAGGAAUCCAUUGAUGGUGUCCAUCUGGACCACCUGAUCAAGGCUCCAGGUGGAUCUGGCGAGGGAAACAUGCUCACUAUGACAACUUCCCUGAUAGCCACACAUUACUUGGAUUUCAGCAACCAAUGGCAUAGACUAGGACUCCUGCGCAACGAACAGGCCAUUCAGUACAUCAAAAAUGGUGUUGUUAGACAAUUGACAUACGUGAAAGCAGAUGGUUCAUAUGGUACCUGGGCCAAUAGACCUUCUAGCACAUGGCUCACUGCUUAUGUAGUCAAAGUAUUUUCCUUGGCUUCACGUCUGGUCGAUAUUGAAAAGAAUGCGAUAUGUGAUCCAGUGAAGUGGCUCAUUUUAAAUAAACAAAAUCCAGAUGGGAAAUUCAGAGAGGAUUUUCAUGUCUAUCACCAGGAAAUGGUGGGUGGUAUAACAAAAGGUGCUGUCGAGCUGGAUUCUCGUCUUACAGCUUUCGUCCUCAUCGCCUUAGUGACAAGUGAAGUAACCUGUAAUGACCAAAUUAACUUUCUACCUAGAAACAUUGAAAAGGCUGUACAAUAUUUAAAUGGUCAUUAUCACUCCCUGAAGAAACCCUACUCCAUCGCCAUCACUUCCUAUGCACUGGCUAAAGCUGGCAAACUUGAGGACUCCAGGAUACUAAUGGCUGCAUCUACAGGUAGCACCCACUGGGAAGAACCAGGCUCCCGCUUCUUAACCCUUGAGGCUACCUCCUAUGCACUUCUCACCCUUUUAAAGUUGAAGGAGUUUGAGAAGGCUGGACAACUGGUGAAAUGGCUAACUGAGCAGAGAUACUAUGGGGAAAUCUGGGGAUCCACACAAUCCACUAUGAUGCAGUUUGAAGCCCUUGCUCAGUACCAGAUGGAUGUACCAGCUUUCAAAGACUUGAACAUGGAUGUCUCCCUCAAACUCCCUAAGACAGUCGUGCCUACAAAUUAUCGUCUCAGUUUGGAAAACGCCUUGGUGGCCCAAUCAAAACAGAUAAAUGAACUUGGAGACGUUAUAGUCACUGCUAAAGGGAAAGGUCAAGCCACUUUGACGGUAUUGUCUAUCUAUUAUGCGUUUGAGACAGAGAAAAAAUGCAACAACUUCGAUCUGUCGGUGAAAAUUCAGGAGGAACCUGACUUUAAGAGACCGGAAGGAGCAUAUUCUACUGUUUCUGUUACUAUUUGUGCCAGAUUCCUUAAGAACCAUGAUUCCACCAUGUCCAUCAUUGAUAUGUCUAUGAUGACUGGGUUUAAACCAGAUAUAAAAGACAUUAAUAAGCUUAAAAGAGAAGUGGACAGAUACAUCUCCAACUUUGAGAUCAACACAGGCGCAUUUGAUAAAGGCACAUUGAUUCUCUACAUUGACAGGAUUCCCCAUAAAGAAGACAAAUGUCUGAAAUUGCAUCUUCAUCAGUACUUUAAAGUGGGACUUAUUCAACCUGGGUACAUCACAGUGAAUGACUAUUACUCUCCAGAAAACCGAUGCACUAAACCCUACCAUGUGAAUGAAGGCAACAAGCUUCUGGGCAAGAUCUGUAAGGGAAACAUGUGUCGUUGUGCAGAGAUUUGCUUUAUGCAGCAGCAGCUAAAUAACGUGGAUGCUCCUUAUCGAUUAGCUAAGGCUUGUGAAUCUACUGUGGAUUAUGUCUUUAAGGCAACGCUAAUGGACAUUGAGAGGAAUGAUUACUAUGACACCUAUGUCAUGAAAAUUACCCAAGCUAUAAAAGAAAGCGCAGAUACAGAUGUUGCUAAUGAGAAACGCAAUUUUAUCAGCGAUGCCAAAUGUAACAAAGCCUUAAACUUGAAGAGAGGCCGAGACUAUGUAAUUUGGGGAUCAAGUAAAGAUCUAUGGACUACUGCUAGCGGAUAUGCCUACAUGAUUUCCCAGGACACAUGGAUUGAGUUCUGGCCAAGUGAUCGGGAUUGUCAGAAAACUGAGUUUGAAAAACUCUGUGACGAAUUCUUCAAUUUCAUUGAGGAGCUGGAGCUCCACGGAUGUUACAGUUAAAUUGUUUUGUCCUCCUUACCUCUCCUUACCACUUUCAUAUUCUGUUUGAACAUUUCUGUUUUCCUAUUCUUGUUCUGUAUGCUAAGAAUAAAUUUAUCAAUGAAUCUC